AUGUGGUUCAUAUCAUCACCGAUUCAUCGAUGGCUUAGGGAUUCCACAGCCAAGUUAGCUCCAAUCUAUCAGUACAUUCUUAGGAUUUGUAAGUUGUUAUUUGAGUGAUUUACUGCAGUCCUUUCAGUUUUGUACCUUGCCUCAAUACUGUUUGUUAUUUAUUUGAUUUACUUCUUCACAACUCGGUCAAUCAAUAUGCGGAUGUUCGAGGCAUCUUUGGACAUGGAUGAUUUUCGAUUAGAACUCUCCAGUUAUUGGACCAACUACAGAAUGAUGAGGCCGAAGCCCGGAACAUGUGACAAUACCACUCUCUUUGUGGCAAUCAUGACCACAAGUAAUAUAAAGUCAUAUAGACAGCGAAUGGCGAUUAGGAAAUACACGUUGGAUAGAGUAGGUUUAUUCUUUUCAUCUAAUUCAACACAUUUAUCCACGUCAUAAGACUACAGAUCUUGUUUUAGGUGAAAGGCCAUGGAGUUGUUGCCAAAUUCUUCUUGGGACACCAACCUGGCUUCAGAUAUGAUCUGGUCAAGGAGGAAAUCGAGAAGUACGAUGAUAUGGUCUACUUCGAUUCCGAUGACAAUUACCGAAAUAACUUUGUUAAAUGGUAUGCUAUGUACCAGUAUCAUCAAAGAUAUUGUCCUCAUGCCAAAUACUUUAUCAAAAUUGACGAUGAUACUGCGGUUGAUUGGAAAAGAGUGAUCAAAUGGACCGAAAGAAACUUUGAUGGUGUUGUGGAAGGGAAAUCCGAUUACUUGGUACGGCAAAUAAAGGAAAUACAAAUGUUAUAGGUAUGCCAACGAUUCAUUGGGAUGCGUCCAGUCCGAAACAAGGAGCAUAUAAAAUGGUACAUCUCCCCGAAAGAGUAUUCUCAUCGCUUUUGGCCUACCUAUUGCUAUGGAUAUGUUGUUUUGAUGCCGAAUUCUACUGUAGCCAAGCUAUCCGAGGCCUCCAAAGGGAUGCCACUGAUUCACAUGGACGAUGUCUUAUAUACCGGACUUGCCGCUAGAGCUGCUAAAGUCCCAGUCUACGAUUUUGAGGGAUUCCGAGAAGGAGUAAGUCGGAAAAAUGCAUCAUUAUUACACAACGUUUCAAGAAAUGUUGUAAAAACUUUUUGCGAAUAUCUCUGGAUCCUUGCAGCAAAAAUUCGAGGAAGUGCGUUUUUUGAACAUAAGGAUGGUGACAUACGCAUCAAAUCGAGUGUCGUGGCCAGAAACCGCGGUUUCUUGUCUGUUAGGCCUCUAGACAAAAAAUGCGAAAUGCUUGUCUGUUGAGCAGGGAAAAAAAUCUCCACAAGGAGAGAGCAGAAAUUUGCGCAAUAUUGCGCAACGUUACGCAAUUUGAGACAUGAAUUACACAUUUCUUGUCUAGACGCCUAACAGACAAGAAAUCGUGGUUUCUGGCCAUGACACCCAAUUUGAUGCGUAUGUCACCAUCCUUAUAUGCAAAAGAUUUCUUCCGAGGCAUUUGACCGUGUUUUUUUAAAAUUAUUCUUGCGACAAAACCCAAACACUAACAAGGUGAAAUUAGGUUUGCCACAUCUCGUAAGAUGUAAUCUGUUAGUUUCGGUAGCUUGGCGGAUGGAUUUGCGAAGGCCCGGCGGAGACUUCCUCAGCGGUGUUGGCCGUUUUGCGGGCUUGCUUUUUGCGAACCGAAUCGGAAAAAAGCUGAGGGAUUAUUUGGUAGUCACCUCACAUUAUAAUUUGCCCAGUCUUGAUUUUUCUUUUCUCUUGUUUAAAGGCUGGUGGAGGUAGUCUUGAAGGUUUGAGGAGUGUAAAAAAUACGGGAAUGGGACAAAAGGGCUGUCAAGCCUAACCUUUCAUCAAAGACGACAGAUUUUUUUAGGCCCGAUUGACUCCAUUUGCUAGCAAGGGAAAGGCGGAGAAAUCAAUGCAAGAUAAACCAAAGAUAUUCGCAAACACUCCUUGGAAUAUUACUUGAAACACCCUGUACUAUGCAUUUUUAUGUAACUUUUAUCUCUUUCAGAUCCAUCCGAGAUAUCCUUGCACCGAAGAUGGAGUACCUUAUCCAACGGCCAUUCAUCUUCAGAAAACACCCAAAGCAAUGGCCAGAACGAUGGAUAAAUUGACAUCUUUAGAUUGCGAAAACGACGAUGUUUUUGCCCCAUAA